CAUACCCCGGGAUAUUGUCGGUUUUCCCCACCAUCAGCUGCCAAUUUGAUCACAAGGCACAGCGGAAAUGGGGAACUUUGUAGUACCUUCAUAUAUUAGUAUUUGGCUUGCAUGCUAUCUCGUUCUGAGUUUCUUUGUAUCAGCAAAGUCUCACAGUGCUGAAGUUCAUCCAGAAGUGGUGUGUCCAGAUGGGUUCGAACUGUUUGAAUCGUCUUGCUACUACUUGCUCAGCGAAACGCUAACCGAUGGCAAUAAUUCCCGCAACGCUUGCGCAAUCAAUGUCCACCCCGGAAGCCACCUAGCGUUCAUUGAGAACCGGUCUGUCCAGACGUUUCUCAAGUCGCUUAUCAUGUCGGGGGAGAGCACAGUUGACUUUUGGUUCGGGUUAACGUACACGUCCGACGAGGAUCAUCCAGAGUGGCUGGACGGGAGACCACUUGGUAACUUUACGGCCUGGGAUCAUUUCGGAGUCUUUGACGAGAAGUCGCCGUGUGUCAGGCUCCGUAGACGCAGUGAUUACUCCUGGAAUGACAGGCCGUGUACGGGCCAUGAGUUCGGCAGCGUAUGUGAAAUCGAAAGAACCCAGGCCGUUACACCGACGCCAUCUGUGACAGCACCCCCAGCACCAUCACCACAGACAAAGGAAGCAGUGUUCAAAGCAAGCCCAUCCAACAUGGCAGCGCCCACGGGCAGUCACCAUUUACAGAGUAUGUCCGCCCUGUCAUUAUUCCGUUGCGCCACCUUCUGCCUUCGACACAAUAAUUGUGCCAGCUUCAACUACAAGUCUGCGGAAGGAAGAGACAAGCUGAGCAGUUUUUGUGAGCUUUAUUCUAUGCAUUUUCCCGAUGAAGAGCUAACUGUGAAGCCAGGUUACAGAUAUUAUAGAGUUUAGAAAAGUGAACAAUAUUAAUACAGCGGGAACAAUGAACAAUCUGUAGUCAAACAAGAGAGACAAAAGACCAGUGUCCUAUAGGGAAAUCUAUCCACGGAGACUCUGUCCCCAAUAUCCGCUCGGCCCCAGCGGCCAGUCUAUCCAGGACCGCUGGGAUAGACGCUUAAGCAGAUUCUUGUUCA